AAUAUUAAUUACUAAAGUAUAGUAUGGCAAUAAUUGAAUACAAGUGUCAAAAGCCGUCAUUUGGAUGGCUGUAAUUUAGUUCUUUAAAAAUAUUGAAUAAUCGAAGUUUUAUUUCAUUAUACGUCUUGAGAACGUCAUAUCAGUGGUUAUCCUGAAGAUUCGAGCCGAGACAGUUACCCAGGAAACAGUGGAAUCCUGAACCAAACCAGUUACUGAUUUGAAUAAUCACGGUGAUCAAAAGUGGUUGUGUGUACCGAAAGUAAAUAAACAAAAUGACAACGUGUAACUUAUGACGUAAUCAUCUCUGAAGUCUUCCCCGCCCAAGACUGAGCCUGUGAUAGUCGCCGACCGACAAUAAUAGUUACCAGUAUAUGGAUACACGUUGUAUAACUAAACUUCUGUAAAUCUCGGUGGUCGAUGCCCGGUAGGACGGCGAACGGGCCAACCGUCAUGUCGGCCCCGGCGCGACACCCCCACUUCUACACCGUCGAGGUCGGCGACACGAGGUUCACCAUCCUCAAGCGCUACCAGAACCUCAAACCUAUCGGCUCAGGAGCGCAGGGCAUUGUCUGCUGAUCGUGCUCGAGUAUAACAAAUAGUUAUAGCCAUGGUUCAGUAUUACGCGGUGUCGCUCGGCGACGUGGUGUUCAAGAUACCCACGCGUUACACGGAGCUAGUACGGCACGGCGCGGGCGCACAGGGGAUAGUUUGCGCCGCAUACGACACGGUGACGCAACAGAAUGUGGCGAUCAAGAAGCUGUCGCGCCCCUUCCAGAACGUCACGCACGCCAAGCGUGCCUACAGGGAGUUCAAGCUCAUGAAACUUGUUAAUCAUAAAAACAUAAUCGGCCUCCUAAAUGCUUUCACACCCCAGAAGAGCCUGGAAGAGUUCCAGGACGUGUACCUGGUGAUGGAGCUGAUGGACGCCAACCUGUGCCAGGUCAUCCAGAUGGACCUGGACCACGAGCGGAUGAGCUAUCUGCUCUACCAGAUGCUGUGCGGCAUCAAGCACUUGCAUCUUGCCGGGAUCAUUCACAGGGAUCUGAAGCCGUCAAACAUCGUGGUAAAAAGCGACUGCACUCUGAAAAUCUUGGACUUCGGGCUGGCGCGCACGGCCGGCACCACGUUCAUGAUGACGCCGUACGUCGUCACGCGCUACUACCGCGCGCCCGAGGUGAUUUUAGGCAUGGGCUACACAGAGAACGUGGACAUCUGGUCGGUGGGCUGCAUCAUGGGCGAGAUGAUCCGCGGCGGCGUCCUCUUCCCGGGGACAGACCACAUCGACCAGUGGAACAAAAUCAUAGAGCAAUUGGGCACGCCUUCAGCUGCAUUCAUGGCGCGCCUGCAGCCAACAGUGCGGAACUACGUGGAGAACCGUCCGCGCUACGCCGGCUACUCCUUCGAGAGGCUCUUCCCCGACAUACUGUUCCCGUCCGACAGCAACGAGCACAACCGGCUCAAGGCGUCGCAAGCGCGCGAUCUGCUCUCGCGCAUGUUGGUGAUCGACCCGGAGCGACGCAUCUCUGUCGACGAGGCGUUACUGCAUCCAUACAUCAACGUGUGGUACGACGAGGGAGAGGUCAACGCGCCGGCGCCAGCGUCGUACGACCAUUCCGUGGACGAGCGCGAGCACACGGUGGAGCAGUGGAAGCAGCUCAUCUACCAGGAGGUGGUGGAGUACGCCGCGCCGCCGCCGCCGCCGCCGCCCGGACACCCGCCGCCCGACCACGCGCAGCCCGCGCUCACCACAUAGGUACCCGCACCACACUGCUACACACGCGCCCACCACAUAGGUACCCGCACCACACUGCUACACACGCGCCCACCACAUAGGUACCCGCACCACACUGCUACACACGCGCCCACCACAUAGGUACCCGCACCACACUGCUACACACGCGCCCACCACAUAGGUACCCGCACCACACUGCUACACACGCGCCCACCACAUAGGUACCCGCACCACACUGCUACACACGCGCCCACCACAUAGGUACCCGCACCACACUGCUACACACGCGCCCACCACACACACACACACACACACACCUACACCCUACACACGCGCUCACCGCAUAGGCCGGGAACCGUACACUUUUGCAUUUGCAUUGCAUUAAAUUUCUAUUCAACUUUGACAGUUAUACGUCGUAUAAAUAGUAGGGUUGUCAGCGCUAGAAAUUAAAAACUACUAAUGAGGUAGCGUUUUCUUUUUGUUUAUCUGAAUAUUCAAUUGCACUAAUGGCCCCAACUAGUAAAUAAAAAAAUUAAAUUAAAAAAAAAAAAAAAAAAAAAAAAA